AUGGCAGAAAAACAGGUCUUUAAAACGGCAGUCUUACUUGUGGUAUUUUUACUGCCACUUUCUAAUGGAUUCCUCUUUAAAAAAAAGCCUCAAGGAGCCAAUUUGAUGGGUAGGGGACCAGGCUUCAAUCAAAAUCUUCCCAACAUGAUGGGCCCUGGAGUUGGGCCUUUUCAACAAGGCCCUAAUGGAAUGGGCCCCUCAUCGAGGCCUUUUCAACAAGGCCCUAAUGGCAUGGGACCUGGACCUGGGCCUUUUCAACAAGGCCCUAAUGGAAUGGGCCCGUCAUCGAUGCCUUUUCAGCAAGGCCCUAAUGGCAUGGGACCUGGACCUGUACCAUUUCAGCAUGUGCCUAAUGGACAAGGACCAUAUUCACCAGGACAAGGUUCUCUUGGGCGUUUUUCUCCCCAAAGUCUUUACCAGCAAGGCCCAUACCCAAUGAGUACCAAUAUAUAUCAGGCCUGGUCUGGGGCAAAUUCCCGUCCUACACCGAUGCCACGAAUUAUACCUCCAAAACCAUCAUUUUUCAAAUCCAUUGGACGGGUGUUCUCAAGUCUUUUCCGAUUUGGAAACGCUUUCGUGCCACCAUAA